AUGGGCGGCGGUCCAGAAGGUUUCCGCACCGUUGCGUACUUCGUCAACUGGGCUAUUUAUGCCCGAAAGCAUCGUCCUCAAGACCUCCCUGUAGAGAAUCUCACACAUAUUCUCUAUUCAUUUGCCAAUGUCCGGAGCGACUCUGGCGAGGUCCAUCUCACCGACUCUUGGGCUGACACUGACAUUCACUGGGAUGGCGACUCCUGGAACGAUGUUGGCACCAACCUGUAUGGAUGCAUGAAGCAGCUCAACCUUUUGAAGAAACGCAACCGAAAUCUUAAGGUUCUUCUCAGUGUUGGAGGAUGGACCUAUAGCAGCAACUUCAAGGCCCCCGCCAGCACACCCCAAGGACGCGACACUUUCGCCAAGAGCUGCGUUGAUUUGAUCAAGAACCUCGGUUUUGAUGGUAUCGAUAUUGACUGGGAAUACCCUCAGAACGCUGAUGAGGCGAGAAACUAUGUUGAGCUGCUCGGUGCUGUUCGUCACGAGAUGGACGCUUACUCGCGGACAUUGAGCCAACCCUAUCAUUUUGAGUUGACUGUGGCCUGCCCCGCUGGUGCGCAGAACUUCCAGAAGCUCGAUAUUCGCGGAAUGGACCAAUAUCUUGACUUCUGGAACCUCAUGGCUUACGACUACGCUGGCUCUUGGGAUCAGACUGCGGGACAUCAGGCCAACCUGUACCCAUCUCGAGACAACCCCACAGCAACCCCCUUCUCUACAUCUGCGGCCAUCGACUUCUAUGCUCGCAGCGGCGUCAACCCCCACAAGCUUGUUCUCGGCAUGCCGCUCUACGGCCGAGCGUUUGAGAACACUGACGGCCCUGGUCGUCCCUACCAGGGAACUGGUCCGGGCACCUGGGAGGCGGGAGUGUACGACUACAAGAAGCUUCCUCUCGAAGGCGCGCAAGAGUUUGGCGACGGAGCAUGCUGCGCAAGCUACUGCUAUAACCCCCAGACGCGCACUAUGGUCACUUACGACACGCCCCGAGUCGCGUGGGACAAGGCCGAGUAUGUCAAGAAGUGGAAGCUCGGAGGCGCCAUGUGGUGGGAGAGCAGUGCGGAUAAGGAGGGUGAUCAGAGUCUCAUUACAACAGUUGUGAGGGGAUUUGGAGGACCGGGAGCACUCAUGAGACAGGACAACUGCAUUGAGUAUCCCGCGACCAAGUACGAGAACCUGCGAAAUGGGUUCCCGAACAACUGA